GGGCAGGCAUCUGAGCUCUUCGCCACAUUGCUGCUAAAGAGGCCGUGCGGAUACGACUUGAUCAUCCCAAAUAUUACCUCCUAACCUCUGUUGAGAUCAUCGCUAGACCUGCCACAACACCAGACCUCGUGAUAUGCUGCGGUGGAAAGGAAUACCGUGUGCAUAGGGCCAUCGUAUGCACGUAGUGCGAGUUCCUCUCUGUAGCUUGCCACGCAGGCUUCAAGGAGACACAAGAAGGAAAGGUUGACCUUCUAGAUGAUGAUCCUCGGCUUGUCUAUAUAAUGGUAUAUUAUUUGUACCAUUUUAACUAUGACGGACAGUUGCAAUACGAUCGCAGCCUCGGAUCAGAUACGGACGGAGAUGGGACCGACGUUGAUAAGCCGACUAGGGAUGUCCUUGUUACCUAUGUCUACGCCUUGGCAGAAAGGUAUCUGAUCCGGGGACUGAAGGCCGUUGCGCUCCGACACUUUAAGGCAGCGGCUACUGACUUGUUGGAUAUCAAUGAUUUCCUUAAGGCAACGCUGGAGGUGUAUACAUCUACCCUUGAAGAUGAUAGAGGCCUGAGAGAUGUCGUUGUGGAAGCUCUUUACAAAAAUUCCCAAUGGCUAGACAAGGAGGAGGUACGAGAUAUGCUUAAGGGGUUAGGAGCUUUGACAUAUGAUCUCGUUAUAUAUAUGUGCCAACAGAGAAGCUUUUAACAACGGAUCAUAAGAUAAUCAUCAAAUCCUUAAACCCUCAACAGUGUUUCGCUCGCACUAUCUCAUUUUCCUUCUACUUGACUCUCCAUAUCUAUAUGUCCAAGUCGUCCAAGGCCAAGGCGGAUAACGAGUGUAGCGAGGGUGACGAGCCCGAGCCGGCCGAUCCUGGACUGUCCCUGCAGCCGCCGGGCGGCAGGUCCCGCCAGACUUCGG